UCUAUCUCUCUCUCUCUCUCUCUCUCUCUCUCUCUGCAAUAAAAUCAAUCAUCAGCCAUUUUUAUGGUUGUUAAUGGCCGAAACAGAGCAAUAAUGGACUCAUCAGAGAGACCCCAUCGCACUGCCAGCACAAGCAGUACCAGCGAACUCUUCAUCUGCUUCACCUCUCGCCUCUCCUCUUCUUCUUCCCCGUCCAUGAAGAUCUCUUCCAAGUCAAUCCUCAGCCCAGGCCGCGCUCGCGACGCACCCAUCUCUCUCUCCACCUCUCUCAGCCGCCGACUCAGAACAAACGGCAGCCUCAAAGGCGGCCAAUCUCCCAUGUUCCCCACCGGAGCCAAGAAACGAGGCUGUGCUUUCGAAAACCCAGAGCCUUCUUCUCCCAAAGUCACCUGUAUUGGGCAAGUUCGAGUGAAGACGAAGAAACAGGGGAAGAAAAUGAGGACACGAAGAGGAGGGGGUAGUGGUGAAGUGAGCUUUCGGAGAAUCGAACAAGCUCGUGAAGGUGUGAAUAAUCAAAGUCAUACCCAGAAUUAUCAAGCGACGAACAAUGAGUGCUUGCCUCAUAGGAAUCAGAGGUGGGUUCACUUGCCAUUGACGAUUUGUGAAGCUGUGAGGGCAUUUGGGGCUGAGUUCAGUUGCUUGUUUCCUUGCCGAUCUUCGUCUUGUUUUUCGACGAGCGAGAGGGAAAAGGAAGAGAAAGCGAAUGGAUCGAGCGAAGAGAGUGGUCAGAGUUCUUGCGGGGCUGUGUUUGCGAGGUGGUUGGUGGCAUUGCAGGACGGUGAGGGAGGGAAAGGGAGGGAGAUUGAGUUGGUGGUUGGAGGAGGAGAGGAGGAGGAGGAGGAAGAGAAGACAGAGAGGAGAGAGAGGACUUUCAGCAGACAUGCGAUGGAAGAGAUAGAGAUCAAUGAUGAGGAGAAAUGUGAAGUGAAAGAUGGUGGUGUUGUGGUGGAGGAGGAAGAGGAAGGGGGAGUGAGCAUUUGUAUACCUCCGAAGAAUGCUCUGUUGUUGAUGAGAUGCAGAUCUGAUCCGAUUAGAAUGUCAGCUCUUGCUAAUCGUUUCUGGGAAUCACCUGGUCUCAACGGUGAAGAAGAGGAAGAAGAUGGAGAGGAAGCACAUGAAGAUGAUUCGAGACUAAUGGAGGAUAAAGAGCUGGUUGAAGUGUAUGAGAAGAUGGUUUCAACUGAAGCCAUUGAAGAACAAGAACAAGAGAACCCAGAAGCAGAAGCAAACGUGGUUAUGGAGGUAGAAGAAGAUGAAGCAAAGGAAAACCCAGAAGAGGAAAAGUUAGAGAUCCAUGACGAACUACCAGAAGAAGAAGAAGAAGAUCAAGGACCAGACCCAGAAGUCCAUGAAGCGAAAGAGACAGUGGCUGCAGAAGAAAGUGAAAACGAUUGUUCAUCUGAAGCUGUUGUAGAUCCAAAGAACUUCGAAAAUGAAGAUCCACUGUUGAUUCAAGAGACAGAAGAGGAAGAGAUUAGAGCGAGCCAUCGCUCUUCUUCAGUAUCGUCCGUAUUUUCAGAUUUAGCAGAAGAAGAAGAAGAAGAAUUAAAGGAGAAAGCAACAUUGGAAGAAGAAGAAGAAGAAAAAGAAGAUGUAGAGAAGUCAACAGAAGAGAAAGAGACCGAAGAGGAAAAGCCUUUGAAAGACGAAGAACAAGAGAUGGUGACCCAUGAGAGAUCCGAAUCAGAACAAACCCAGAAAGAAGAAGAAGAAGAUAGCAUAGAGUCAGAGGAGAGAAACGAAGAAAGCGUACCCAAUGUAGAGAGAGAACGUGAAGUGAGAGAAACAAGUUCAUUGUUGCCGGACUGCUUGCUGUUGAUGAGAUACGAGCCCAAGCUAUCAAUGGAGGUUUCCAAGGAGACAUGGGUCUGCAGUGCCGACUUCAUCCGAUGGCUACCAGAGAGACACGUCAACCCAAAGGACGAUGCUGAUGAACCGAAGAAAAGGAUCAGCACUGACUCUAAUCCUCCUCUACCGCCGCACCACCACCACCACCCGCCGCGAUCCUCCUGUUCUUUGCCGGCCGCCGUCGCUGGCGUGUCCAUGGCGACGAUGAUAGAGCAGAAGCUUGUGAACGCCGUGGCUUAUGAGCCGUUCGUGUUGACUCGGUGUAAGUCGGAGCCGAUGAGGACGGCGGCGGCUAAGCUUGCGCCGGAGACAUGUUUUUGGAAGGAUAGGAAGCUUGAGCCGCAUCGCCGAGCCACGAUUGGUGUGGGAGCCGCUGGGGUUGGGUUUUGAGCCAAGCUGAUGAAAAGGGUAUCUAAUCUAUCUACUAGGGAAAAGGAAACUACUGGAGUGUUACUUUCUAGUGCUUUUUUACUGCUCUUCCAUGCUUGUACAUUUUUUUUUUCUUCUUUAUUUAAUUAUAUUUUCAAGCAAUUGUUUUUUUCUUGAUUUUUUAAACUUUAGCACUUUAGCUCUUUAUAAGUUUAUAAUAUGAAGUUGCCUGUUGUCUCUA